CCUCCUACUCAGGAUGAUGCAGCACUGCUACGCCCGGACGCAGACGCCCCGCAGACGCCCCCAGCGAUCGCCGGAGCGCUUGCAAACUCACCUCUGGGCCCCAGCGAUCACACCUAUUGAUUCCGGCUCGCGAUGGCGGCGCCAGCGAGGAUAAAGGGAACUUGCCUUAGCGGCCGGCGAAGACGCCGCGCCACGCUGGCGGCGGCCCCGGCGCUCGCCGCGGUGUUAUUAGCGGCCCCCUGCGUCGGUUUGGUGCAGAACCACGCCCUGAACCACGCGAAGCCCGCGCGCGCCGCCGUAUCGAGAUCCUCGGCGCGGCCGGCGCGGCGCGCGCCGUGCAUGACGGCCACCCGCCUACCGAGCCUGGCCUCGAACGUCCUGAAACUCAAGGACGAGGUCCUCAACCCCAAGCCCGACGCGAAUGGCUGGUGUCUAGGGCGAGAGUCCGUAGAAAAGGCCCUCGAGGAAAUGCGGAACGGCCGGCCCGUGGUCGUCACGGACGAUGGCGAUAGAGAAAACGAGGGCGAUUUGAUCUUUGCGGCGGAGACCGUGUCCCAGCAGACGAUGGCCUUUGUGGUCAGGCACACGUCGGGUGUCAUAUGCACGGCGAUGUACGGUGAAGACUUGGACAGGCUCAAGCUGGGGCCGAUGGUGUCGAAGAACGAAGAUCCGAAGGGCACGGCCUUUGCGGUCACGGUCGACCUUAAAGAUGGUGUGACGACGGGUAUUUCCGCCGGCGACCGAGCGAGGACGAUCCGAGCUCUAGCCGACCCCUCAAGCAAACCGGGCCACUUCUGCCGCCCGGGCCACAUCUUUCCGCUGAGAGCGCGGCCGGGCGGUGUCCUCGAGAGGGGUGGCCACACGGAGGCCGCCGUCGACAUGGCCCGUUUGGCGGGCCUGCACCCCGCGGGCGGGCUCUGCGAGAUCGUACGGGAUGAAGACGGCGAGAUGUCCAGGUGGGAUGAUCUAGAAGUCUUCGCCAAGGAGCACGACCUAGCCUUUACUACUAUACAAGACUUGCGGACGUAUCGGGAACAGGUACUUGGUGAGGCCGUGGAGGAACACGUGUUGAACGAGGCCCACGACGCCGUGGCUGAACGACGCGUCGAACUAGGGAAGGCGACGAGGAUGCCGACGUCCGCCGGCUUGUUCGAUGCCGUCUGCGCGACCGACCGCGAGACCGGCCUCGAGCACAUUGCCAUGCUCAAGGGCUAUACGACCGAUGCCUACUCCUACCUCCAGCGGGCCGACGCGGCGAUGCCCGUCGACGGCGACUCCGGUGCUGCUGCUGAAGCUCCAUUAGUGAGGUUACAUAGCGAAUGCGCGACCGGAGAUAUUUUUGGCAGUAGAAGGUGCGACUGCGGCGAGCAGCUGAAGGCGGGCUUGGAGGCUAUUCAGGCCGCGGAAGCCGGCGUGCUCAUUUAUCUGCGGGGGCAUGAGGGGCGAGGCAUCGGCUUAGGUGCCAAAUUAGAAGCUUACACGUUGCAGGACGAGGGUAGAGAUACGAUCGAGGCGAACGAGGACCUGGGUCACCCCGUCGACGCGCGCGACUACGAGGCGGGUGCGGCGAUCUUGCGGGACCUGGGCGUGUCGCGCGUGCGAUUACUGACGAACAACCCGGCGAAGUGCGAAGCCUUGGAGGAACUGGGCAUCAAGGUCGUCGAGCGCAUCCCGGUCGUGACGGAGCCGAACGAGGAGAACUACAAGUACCUUUUGACCAAACAGAAGCGCAUGGGGCAUUUGCUUGGAUUGACGCCCUAGACUCCCUCCCCACUUAUUGGUGUAAAAAUCUUUCGUU